UUGGUCAAUUUGCAUGUGGGGCAAUCGCUGUCCCAGAUCCAUACCCAUGAUCGAACAACAUCUUUCGCAACGAUCGAGCAAUAGGUCUCUCCCUAGAUGUCUUUGCACGAGGGCGACAAGAAGACAUGGAGACUCCUCCCUCUUUCAACGCUGUGAAGGACCACCUCGACACGGUCAUCCAGGAUCCGUCUAUCCCUCUUGAUGUCGCCACCCUGGGCAAGCUAAAGGUCGAACUCCUCACCAAUACCAACCAGGACGUUUUGUCAGCUAUUCUCACCCAAGUUUCGCAGAUUCUCCCUAUAUUGCAGGACGAUCCGUCUCCUUUAACAAGUUUAGCUACCAAAGCUGCUUCAUAUCUAACUUUCACCCAGCUCCAGUCCAUUGACCCUCCUCUAAAUUUGCUCGCUGGAAUCAGUGCCCCAUCUCCGCCAGUGAACCUCCUGGCCUUGUCACUCCUAGGACAGGCCAGUCAUUCAAGUGCUGAUGCAGCGAUUAUCUCUGGAAACCCUCCUCUCGUGAUUGCCCUAGUAGAACUUUGGCUUACGGUCUCCGAAACUGCGGUGUCACAAGCUGCAUUUGAUGUUCUAUGGGCUCUCCUAGAAGUCGAUUAUGCCCACGACUACGAAAGCGACGCCUUAGUAGAUGGGGAGAAGAAAAACAAGAUCGGAGGCCAGGGGCUAAUGUGGAGGAGAAUAUUCAAUGAUAGAGACGUCUACGAACGCCUUUUCUCCAUAUGCAGCCUUGAGAGCACGGAGCCACCAGGACAUAUCAGCAGGCGAGACAAGUCUGUAGCCCAAGGCAGGCUAAUGGAUUUAAUUAUUAAGGCUGGAUCGCUGGAUUGGCAGGCGAUAGCGACAUCACAUUUCCCCGACAUCGAAUCCAAAUUUCGAAGUUCCAGCUUAUUGAGUUUUGCGGCCUCCCAAAUGGUUGAUCCAGACGAUGUACUAUUGCAUAUGACACAUAUCCAUUUCCUCUGUGAGCUCCUUCGAAUUGGAGCUCCAGGACUCCGCCAACGUGCUAAAGUCCAGAGUCAUUCGUAUCCUCUAUUUUCUUCUCCUUCCCUUGAAUACCUUACCUCUAGUGGCCUCCACGCCAAAAUAAUGAGUUACUAUUUGGACCCUUCGAUCCUUGACCCAGCGUACGCACCGAUUCUCUCUGGGCCGGUUAUGGGCUAUAUAUCUCAGUAUGCGAUACUAUACCCAAAUCAUAUACUCCAGCAGCCUCAGGCCUUUCUGGAUUCGAUUCUUUCACGGAUCUCGGAGGCUUUGGACAUUCAACCUGUUAAAUGGGCUCACGGCCCAGUUCCGACUGGCGAUCUUGACAUUCUUGCCUCUUUACCCCGAGUGAUGCUUGUAGAAGCAGGAAACAGAUGGAUCAACCCGGUGCAGUCGAUACCUUCGAAGCCUGUAAACAGUCAUGCCCUGGAUGCUCUGGGUCGAAUAUUUAAGGGACCGCCAACUCUUGACAACGACUCCAAUGGGCUCUCAGACCCACUGGAUCAAAAUCCAACAAGUCCCCGAGCAGAAGCUGCAGCUUCUCGUGUCCUAUAUCUUCGGUAUUUGAAUGAGCAUCCGGAUUUAUGGGCGAAUGUUGUUGUUGCUGCUGAUGUCCUUGCCAUGCAGGACACAGCCCUUGCAGCCAUCGCGUUUAUAAAAUCCGUCCUGACAGCACACUGGGCUGUGAUUCCGCCAAGUGGUAGUAACUCAACGACCCUCACUAACCGCCGAUUUGGCCUACCCACAGAGGAUCAGAUUUCUCGACUUGGCCCGUCAACACAAGGCAAGCUUCCAAGGUCCGGUUUGUGGGCACUUUUCGUACCUCCCGCCUUAACGGAGGUCCUACCCUACCUUUUCAAAGCCCCACAGACGUACAAUAACUUUGUCGCCGGUGGGGCAGCGGACACGGAGAGUGCUGUCUGGAGAAUUGCAACGGCUAAGUUUGAUGCGCUUGUUGCAUUACAGACGGAAGUGAAGAAGGUUGAUGGGGGUUUUGAAGGGUUUGACGAUAUUAUCCGAACACUUAAUAAGCGGGUUGCAGAUGGUCCAUGGGGUCCUUCGAGCCAAGUUGGUAGUCGGGUAGAUGCGCUGGAGCUGUGAUCAAUUUAGUCAUUCGCGUGCCCUAAUGAUAGUUAUGCAUUUAUGGCUUUGUCAAGUACCCAUAUGAGCUCUCCAGAAAGUCAAAACAUGUAAACGUAGGACAGUCGUUGGUCUUUUCUUGCCGAUGAACAUAUUCAGUUGAUGAAGUCUAGCUAUGAUGACGUGCUUAAUUAUUGAUUUAUUGACUGCUUGGUGAAAAUGCAGGGUAUGGGAUCAACAUUAUGUAUCUUAAUAAUGAUAACUACGCCGUACCAGAACUGAAAUUCCACAGUGUUGCAAAAUAAUUCAAGGAUGUAAUGUCUAAAACAUAUCUCUCUUAAUAAUGACAAGCGUCUGGCUCCUGUCGUCUAGAUAUAUAUAUAUCCC